AAUUUUUCCCAUUCCGAUCCGAUUAAUCCGAUUUUUCCCGUUCAUACGGGGAAAUCAUAUCGCCCGUGAUUGUGUGUGAACUUUCAGAAUACUCAUAUCAGCAUUCAUUAGUUAAUCAAUUUAUGAAUGUCCCCCUUCAUUUAAAAUAAUUAUUCGUUUGCAUUACGCAACGUGGCGGCUCCGGAAAAAUAAAACUGAGGUCACGUGAAGGUUUGUGCACUGAAAUUUGUUUCUCCUAUCUCCUUAACUGUAUGUGAACGUCUGAUUAAACAAUUGCCGAAUUAUUCGUUUUGAUUGUAUUUCGUUGUAAUAGCUGCAUAAUGCCUGAUUGAAAUCAUUCCGGAUUAGAGGUAAAGAUGGCGAAAAUGACAAAAGCACCGUUAUAUAGUCGAAUGGAUGGAAUUAUUUAUCCUUCUAUGUUUUCUCCAACAUGUUUUAAAGAAGCGCUGAACUACAAAGCUCAACCUAAUGACACCUUUAUUGUCACUUAUCCUAAAUGCGGCACAACUUGGAUGCAGCAUAUACUCAUGUAUAUUUUCCGCAAGGGAGAAGAAUUGGAAAAUAUGGCGGAAUUCAUCAAAUAUUGCCCAUUCAUCGACGUGUGUGGACUUGAAAGCAUUCAAAAAAUGAAGAAACCCGGAUGUAUUAAAACGCAUCUGCCUUACAACCAUCUCUCAUUGUCCCCUGAAGCAAAGUAUAUAUUUGUUGCUCGGAAUCCAAAAGAUUGCUGUGUGUCCUUUUAUCAUCACGCGCGGAAUCAUCCAGGCUUCGGAUACUGGGAUGGCAAUUUUAAUGAUUUUUUUGAGCUUUUUAUGGAUGGGGAAUUGGAGUAUAAUGAUUAUUUUGAUCAUUUACUCUCUUGGUAUCCCCAUCGUAAUGAUCCGAACGUCUUUUAUACAACGUAUGAAGAGAUGAAAAAAGAUAUUAGGGGCGUUGUUGUGUCUGUUUCGAAAUUUUUGGGGCAAGAAUACGCUGAAGCAAUUGAGAAAGACAACUCUGUUCUCAACAAUAUCAUUCUGUUCAGUAGCUUUGAAUACAUGCAAAAACACUACAGCAGGCCGAGCCUUACCGAAAUGAAAGAAUUGAAUACUGAAACUUACUCUGGAAUUAAAUACGUUGCAGAGUUCGUGGCCAGUUUGGAUGUACCAUCUAAAAUUGUUAAAGGAAAUAACGUUAGAAAGGGAAUAGUCGGAGAUUGGAAAAACGUUUUAAAUAAUGAACAAAACCAAAGACUAACAGAGAAGUUUUUUGAUAAAACAAAAGACACAGACAUUAGUAAUUGGUUCUCGCAAGCAAUAAUAUAGAAAACAAUUAGUAGUUUACGUAAAUAAGAUUCGACACAUUUAUGUGAAUUAAAAUAAUUGUAAAUAGGUUGUAUUAUUGUUAACUGUUUCUGUGACAACCAAAACCUUAUCCGUAAAUAAUCAAACAUCUCUUUGUUUAUCUCUAUUAGACGAUCCUGUUUAUCUCAAAUACUUCUUUAUUUGAUUUGAAGAUACUCUGAUUUUAUUCCUGAAAUACAAAAUAUUCUUGAUAAACACCAAAGUGAUAAUUUUGUACAUUUUUAGUACCUUCACAAAAUCACUUGACACUGAAUGCUGAACUCAUAGUAAUAUCUCACUAAAUGUUUAGUCCAAACACAACCGGGACCAUCCCUGUCAUUUUCUAAUUCAAAGGAAAAAAAUAUUAAAAAUGGGACAGUCGUGUUGAAAAUGGGACAAUCAUGUUCUUCAUGAGAUCUAAUAUAAAUGACUCAAAAGUGUCACGUGCUAAUUUCUGCGACAAUCUGUCCUAAAGACAAACAAGCGAUGAUGCAUGCAGAAAAUCACCUCUUGUAAAACUCAAUAAACAAGUUUUUCUUAAAUGA